GGCGACGUCGUAAAGACACCAAAUGGAGUGCGAAAGAAGUUCAACGGAAAACAGUGGCGACGCCUCUGCUCUAAAGAGGGUUGUACGAAGGAGUCGCAGAGACGAGGAUUUUGUUCGCGCCAUUUAUCCAUGAAGGGGAAGGAGAUGCGAGCAUUCAGUUACGCAGCUGCGACAGCAGCUGCGACGAAAAUGUUUGCGAUGAGCAGUACCCGACCACCACAGCAGCAAUCCUCACAGCCCCUCUGCGAUCUCAUCUACAACUCAGCCACAAGUUACGGUGUUCCGUCAGGGCCCAUUUCCAACCACAGUAAAGCCUCCUCUUCGUCCGUCAAUUCGUCUUUGCCAACACCAUUGGACCUUCUGCCCGUACUCUCACCAGCAAGCGCUUGGCGACCUUCACCACCAAAUGAUGGUUCUUACUUUAAUUCAACCACACCUCUUCACACUCCUCCAAGCUCCAGCAUACCCCACUGGGCACCUUUUCCCACCUCCUUCGCUUCUCCUCCUGCCUCCAUCGUACCUCCCUCCUCCUCGGUUUUUAUGGGACAUGCGUCCACACAAACCUCUCACGUCUUCGCCACCUCCCCUGACAAGACCGGUGGUAGUACCAGUGCCACCUCCACUACCCCAGUCUCUGCCCCCAUCACAACCACCUCCUUCUUCCCUAGUGGUGGUGGCGGUGCUGGAGAUCUUCCCAGUCAACCAAUAACUGCUUGCCCUUAG